UUAAGAUAUCGCGGCUGCCAGCCGUCGCAGGCGGUCACGUUAUAACCCCGCCCCUUGUUCCUCCGCUCCUGCACCGGCGACGAUGGAGCCGUCGGAAACUAAAAACGCGACGCUGGCGAUGUCAAAGAACAAGAAGAAAGAAAAGGAGAGGCGAAGCGAGGGGGAGUUCGAGUUCUGCGACGUCUGCAAGUUGAACCACGACCAGGGCCACCACCACAAGUACUUCACCGGCCACCGCCGGGCCCUCGCCGCCGCCCUCGCCCGCUUCCACGAGAAACUCGCCGACCUCCGCUUCUUCCUCCGCAACCCCUCCCCCCUCCGCCCCGAGCACUCCGCCCUCAACCGCCUCUGGUGCCUCUUCUGCGCCGUCGACCUCCGCGAGCUCGGCAGCCCCUUCGCCUGUAGCAACGCAAUCUAUCAUCUGGCGAGCUUGGAGCAUUUGGAGAAUAUUAAGGGUUUCUUGCGGAAGCACGGGGGAGAGAUGGAUCGGGUUGCUUUGUUUAGGGUCUCCGAGGCAGAGCUCCUUAAGUGGGAGAAGGGAUGUGAAUUACUGAAGAAUGCAGCUUCAUCAUCAAGCGAAGGACAUAUAGGACCAUCACCUGGGCCGUCAAAAGAUAUCCAAUAUGAACUUACCUCUAACAACAUGGAUAAUUUUCAGAAAAACUAUAAGCACACUUUUAGUUCAACUGUUUCUCAUACUGUUAUGCCUUUACAAAGUCUUACCAAUGAGGGGUAUCGAGCUUGCCCUCCAGAGUUUAGUGGAACCACAGGUGCUGGUUCGAUUCCAUAUGUUGCAACUCCUUUGGCAGUAGGUGCGCUGCAAAAUGUGGGUCUUCAGGACAUGCAUGCCAUGGGAAAUGUUGGGCAUUUGACAGGCAGCCAAGCUACUCCUAUUAGAAACAAAGGGAAAGGUUCAGUUGGUUUGUCUUUUGGUAAUAGAGUGGAUCAAAGAUCAGAUUUCAGAGGGGACUGCACUGGGGUAUUGCAGACUUUGACUCAAGUAUCUUUUCCUUCUGGAGGCUGUCAAGCAAAUGUGCAUACUGGUGCUCCACCUCCCUGGUUUGAAACAAGUGAAGAACAUGAAAAAAGUCUCACAUACAAAGGGUUACACAUGGAUAAGAAGUUAGGGAAGUCACGAAAAUUGAAUCCUAAACGUGUGGGAGCAGCAUGGGCAGAAAAAAGAAGAAUUGAACUUGAGAUGGAGAAGCGAGGGGAAGUUGUUGCAAAAAGUUGGGAUGCUAACUGGCUACCCAAUUUUGGUAGAGUUUGGCAAAAAGGUACCAGAAAGGAGUCUAGAAAAGAAUUUGAGAUAGAGAAACGAAAAUUCUUCAAGAAUGAGAACCAGUCUGAAUCACCACUCAAAAUACAACCAUAUAUAAGCAAACGAAUGCGAAUGAGUUCUAAUACAGAUGGUGCAGCCAAUGGCCAUGUUGAAGAAUACACUAAUAUUUGUGACACUUAAAAAAGUGAAAAGAUAUUCACAAUCUGUGUGGUAUGUAUAUAGUCAUCACACGGAUCUUUUAUUAAUUUUUUAACAUUUAAGCAUUAGAGAAUGGCACAAAUAAUUUGAUUGCACUGUUAACUCAAUUGCAUUAACAAAGGGCAGAAAGAAAUCAUGCAUUUUUGGGAUGACCAGCUUUCUAAGAGGGACCGUAGAUUGAAGUACCAGAAGGCUUGCGGUUUUGGCUUGCAUUGCAUUUUGAAACAUGGAAAGUUCAAUGUAUGUCGGUACUCAUCCCAGCUUCGUUUUAACUUUUCACCAGCUAAUGACAAAACGAAUUUCUUA